GUUUUUUUUUGUUGUUGUUGUCAUAAAUCAAUAAUAUUAUUACCAACUUCUUUUAAUUUUCUGCGGUUUGUUUGGGUGAUUUUGAACUACAAAAAGUGAAUGCUUUUUGCUGCGAGGAGUUGGGCAUUUGCGCGUGUUAUUAUUACUUCCUUUGUUCUUCUUCCUCGUAAAUCUUCUAUAUCUUCUGUAGCAGAAAACCCCAUUUUGUAUGUAUCAAAGAUAAAUACAUACAAUAAAAAAAACAAAAAAAAAAGUAGCCAUUUUUUUUUGUUGUCUGUCUGCACUUCCCUUAAAUGAGCUUUGGGGGUUUCACUAGUAAAACCAGCAGUGGCUUUUUACGCCCCAGUAGUAGUGGCGGCGGCAAGACGGCCGCCGAGGGUUUAUCCUCGUUCAACCCCAUUUCGGCCGCCGCCGCCGGAGGCGGCGGCGGCGAUAUGUCUCAGCCACUCCAAAUGCUUCAUUCAUCCUCUCACUCUCGACCCUUUUCUCUUGCCCGUCCAAAAAUGGAGAAUAUUAGGGAAAUGGGGUUGAUAGGCGAAACUUACGAGCUGGAGAGUAGGUCCGGUAGCGAUAACAUCGAAGCCGGAUCGGGCGAUGAUCACAACACAUCCGAAACUAAGUCGUCGAAAAGGAAAAAAUACCACAGACACACCACUUUCCAAAUUCAAGAACUCGAAUCCUCCUUCAAGGAUAACCCGCAUCCGGAUGAGAAAGCGCGAUUGGAACUAGGCAAAAGAUUAGCCUUGGAGGGCAAACAGGUCAAAUUCUGGUUUCAAAAUCGACGAACUCAAAUGAAGACGCAAUUAGAGAGGCACGAGAAUUCGAUUCUAAAACAAGAAAACGAAAAGCUCCGCAUCGAGAACAUAACCAUGAAAGAAGCUAUGAGGAAUCCAACAUGCGAAACCUGCGGCAGCCAAGCGAUUCUUGGAGAAGUGCCCAUCGAGCACCACCAUCUCAUGAUCGAGAAUGCCCGACUCAAAGAAGAACUGAGUCGACUCGGCAUACUAGCAAGCAAAUUCUUGACCAGGUCCAACAAUGGUUCGACUUUGGAACUUGCGGUGGGCAGAAACGAGUUCUCCGGUUUCAACUCCAUGGAUAAUCCAUCGACAAUGAUACCUUCUUUAGGGCUCGACUUUUUUGGCGAUAGGGUUUCUAAUUCUUUUCCCGUUAUGCCACCACAAAUGAGUGUUGACGCUCCUUUCGAUAAAUCCGUUUUUCUCGAGCUUGCAUUGGCUGCAACGGAUGAGUUGAUAAAGCUAGCGCAAGUUGAUAGUCCCCUUUGGGUUAGAAACUUGGACGGAAAUCGAGAGUCUUUAAAUCUUGAAGAGUAUGCAAAGACGUUUCCUCCUUGCAUAGGCGUAAAACCAGCUCAUUUCGUAACUGAAGCAACGAGAGCUAGUGAAAACGUAAUGAUCAACAGCACCGAACUAAUCGAAACACUGAUGGAUGUGAAUCAAUGGACUGAGAUGUUCCCGUGGAAUAUCGGGAGAGCCUCGAUUGUUGAUGUGAUUUCUCCUGGAAUGUCUGGAAGUAGAAACGGUGCACUGCAAUUGAUGCAAGCUGAGUUCCAAAUUCUAUCGCCUUUGGUUGCGCCGAGACAAGUGAAGUUCGUUCGGUUCUGCAAACAGCACAAAGAGGACACGUGGGCCGUGGUUGAUGUGUCAGUCGAUACUCUGUUUCAGUUGCCCGUGAAUUGCAGGAGGCUGCCUUCUGGUUGCAUUGUGCAAGAUAUGCCUAAUGGCUGCUCAAAGGUGACUUGGGUAGAGCACACGGAAUACGACGAGAGCAACAUACAUCAAUUAUACCAGCCAAUACUCAGAUCCGGAACUGCAUUCGGUGCCCAAAAAUGGGUUGCUGAUUUACGAAAGCAAUGUGAACUUUUUUCUGUGAUGAUGUCCUCCGCAUCAGAUAAUUCCGGGCUUCCUCCGAGUAGUAAGAAGAGUAUGGUGAAACUGGCACAACGCAUGACUCGUAAUUUCUGCAGUGUAAUCUGCUCCACCGUGCACAAAUGGGAAGUGGUACAGAGUUCCGAAAACAUGAGGAUAAUGGUGCGCAAGAGCAUGGGCAAUUCGGGGGAGCCAUCUGGCAUUAUCCUGAGCGCCACAACAACUGUCUGGAUGCCCGUUUCGCCACAUCAUCUCCUCGAAUUCUUGCAGAACGUAAAUAAUAGGGCCCACUGGGAUGGAUUGUCUCGAGAUGGGCCCAUGCAGCCCAUGCUCCAUAUUCCCAAGAGCCAAGAUUUCGGGAACACCAUCUCUCUUCUUCGUUCGACCACCAUGCCAGCUGGCAAUGGCAUGUUGAUCUUGCAAGAAACUUGUUCAGAUGAAUCUGGAUCGAUGAUUGUCCACGCGGGGGUGGAAGCAGCAUACAUGAAUGCGGUGGUUGGUGGCGGUGAUCCGUCCGGUGUGGCUAUACUGCCUUCGGGGUUCGCGAUUGCACCGGAUUGUUUCCCGGAUUCUGGUGAGGCCCACGAAGGCCGCCUUGGAGGAGGAGGCGGCGGCCAAUCGCUGCUGACAGUAGUGUUUCAAAUGUUGGUGAGCAAUACGCCGGCUGCACAGCUAACAAUCGAGUCGGUGGAAACAGUGAAGUCGUUGAUUGCUCGUACGCUUCAGGGGAUCAAAAACGGGCUUCAGUGAAACAAUUGAAACAGUGUGAUAAUACAUAUGUUUUUGUUUUUUUUGUCUGUGAAUGAAAGUUGAUAGAGAAAGUUAAAGAUGGGAUUUUUUUUUUGGUGAGGGAUUCGAGUCAAGAACGAACCUUUUUGGCACCACAAGGAAAGAAAAGUAAAACCCUCGAAAGCAAAAUGGUUUUUUUAUUUUGUGAAACGGGUUGUGGUUCGGGUAUUGACUCAAAUUGACCUAAGCUUUGUUUUGUCUAUUUUCAUAGUUACUUUUGUUGUUUCUUGAAAAACCAUUUACUACUCUUUUGGCUUAAUGUUAGUUGGUUUUGUUUCGAUG